CCGACGCGGUGCCUCCGCGGAGCGAGCUCCUCGGGGCGGCGCGGGGGCGGCGUCUCUGCAGCCUGGCUCCCGCGUCCCGGGGAGGGGGCCCGGCGGCCGUCACCAUGGUGAAGGAACAGUUCCGAGAGACGGACGUGGCCAAGAAAAUAAGCCACAUCUGUUUUGGAAUGAAGUCACCUGAAGAGAUGCGCCAGCAGGCCCACAUCCAGGUUGUGAGUAAGAACCUGUACAGCCAGGACAACAACCAUGCUCCCUUGCUGUACGGUGUGCUUGACCAUAGGAUGGGUACAAGUGAGAAGGACCGUCCUUGUGAAACCUGUGGGAAGAACUUGGCUGACUGUCUGGGCCACUACGGGUAUAUCGACUUGGAGUUGCCAUGCUUCCACGUGGGCUACUUCAGAGCAGUUAUCGGCAUCUUACAGAUGAUCUGUAAAACCUGCUGCCACAUCAUGCUGUCCCAGGAGGAGAAGAAGCAGUUUCUGGAUUAUCUGAAGAGGCCCGGCCUGACCUACCUCCAGAAACGUGGACUAAAGAAGAAAAUCUCUGAUAAAUGCCGAAAGAAGAACAUCUGCCACUACUGUGGCGCUUUUAAUGGUACCGUAAAGAAAUGUGGACUGCUAAAGAUAAUUCACGAGAAAUACAAGACCAACAAAAAAGUGGUGGAUCCUAUCGUAUCGAAUUUUCUUCAGUCUUUUGAAACAGCCAUCGAGCAUAACAAAGAAGUAGAACCACUGCUGGGAAGGGCACAGGAAAACUUAAACCCCUUAGUAGUUCUGAAUUUAUUUAAACGGAUCCCGGCCGAAGAUGUCCCUCUACUUCUAAUGAACCCAGAAGCUGGAAAGCCGUCUGAUUUGAUUCUCACACGACUCUUAGUGCCCCCUUUGUGUAUCAGACCCUCCGUCGUGAGUGAUUUGAAGUCUGGCACCAAUGAAGAUGAUCUGACAAUGAAAUUGACAGAAAUCAUUUUCUUAAAUGACGUCAUCAAAAAGCAUCGAAUAUCAGGAGCGAAGACCCAGAUGAUCAUGGAAGACUGGGACUUCCUACAGCUGCAGUGUGCCCUCUAUAUCAACAGCGAGCUCUCGGGCAUUCCCCUCAACAUGGCACCCAAGAAAUGGACUAGAGGAUUUGUCCAGCGCCUGAAGGGAAAGCAGGGUCGAUUUAGAGGCAAUCUCUCAGGAAAGAGAGUGGAUUUUUCUGGGAGAACAGUCAUCUCACCUGACCCCAACCUCAGGAUUGAUGAGGUAGCUGUGCCAGUUCACGUGGCCAAAAUUCUUACUUUUCCUGAGAAGGUGAAUAAAGCAAACAUCAACUUUUUGAGGAAACUGGUUCGAAAUGGCCCUGAAGUUCACCCAGGAGCCAAUUUCAUUCAGCAGAGACAUACACAGAUGAAAAGGUUUUUGAAGUAUGGAAAUAGGGAAAAGAUGGCUCAGGAGCUCAAGUACGGGGACAUUGUGGAGAGACACCUCAUAGACGGAGACGUGGUGCUGUUCAACCGGCAGCCCUCGCUGCACAAACUGAGCAUUAUGGCGCAUCUGGCCAAGGUCAAGCCCCAUCGGACCUUCAGGUUUAACGAGUGUGUCUGUACACCCUACAAUGCAGAUUUCGAUGGUGAUGAGAUGAACCUUCAUCUUCCUCAAACAGAGGAAGCUAAAGCAGAGGCCCUUGUUUUGAUGGGGACCAAAGCAAAUCUGGUAACACCGAGGAAUGGAGAACCACUAAUUGCUGCUAUUCAGGAUUUUCUAACAGGUGCCUAUCUCCUCACCCUUAAGGACACUUUCUUUGACCGUGCCAAGGCUUGCCAAAUCAUUGCUUCAAUACUGGUUGGCAAGGAUGAGAAAAUUAAAGUUCAUCUCCCACCCCCUACGAUAUUAAAGCCUGUCACCCUGUGGACGGGAAAGCAGAUCUUCAGUGUCAUCCUCAGACCUAGCGAUGACAAUCCAGUGAGGGCCAACCUCCGAACCAAGGGCAAGCAGUACUGUGGCAAAGGAGAAGAUCUCUGUGUCAAUGAUUCCUAUGUUACUAUCCAGAACAGUGAGUUGAUGAGUGGCAGCAUGGACAAGGGAACACUGGGGUCAGGAUCCAAGAACAACAUUUUUUACAUUUUGCUGCGAGACUGGGGGCAGAACGAAGCGGCCGAUGCAAUGUCGCGGCUUGCCAGGCUGGCUCCUGUCUACCUCUCAAACCGUGGAUUCUCAAUUGGGAUUGGUGAUGUCACACCUGGUCAAGGACUGCUCAAGGCCAAGUAUGAGCUGCUGAAUGCUGGCUAUAAAAAAUGUGAUGAGUACAUCGAAGCCCUAAACACAGGCAAGCUGCAACAGCAACCUGGUUGCACCGCUGAGGAGACUCUGGAGGCUCUGAUCCUGAAGGAGCUAUCUGUGAUAAGAGACCAUGCUGGCAGCGCCUGCCUCCGGGAGCUGGAUAAGAGCAACAGCCCGCUCACCAUGGCUCUGUGCGGGUCCAAAGGUUCUUUCAUUAACAUAUCACAGAUGAUUGCCUGUGUGGGACAGCAGGCCAUCAGUGGCUCUCGAGUGCCAGAUGGCUUUGAAAACAGGUCGUUGCCUCACUUUGAGAAACACUCAAAGCUCCCAGCUGCCAAAGGCUUUGUGGCAAAUAGCUUUUAUUCCGGCUUGACACCAACAGAGUUUUUCUUCCACACAAUGGCUGGCCGGGAAGGUCUCGUCGACACAGCUGUAAAGACAGCAGAAACAGGGUACAUGCAGAGAAGGCUUGUCAAGUCCCUUGAAGAUCUUUGUUCACAGUAUGACCUGACAGUCCGAAGCUCUACGGGUGAUAUUAUCCAGUUCAUUUGGGGAGAUGGCUUGGAUCCUGCAGCAAUGGAGGGAAAAGAUGAACCAUUAGAGUUCAAAAGAGUUCUGGACAACAUCAAAGCAGUCUUCCCGUGUCAGAGCGAGCCUGCACUAAGUAAAAAUGAACUGGUCCUGACCACUGAAUCAAUCAUGAAGAAGACUGAGUUCCUCUGCUGCCAGGACAGCUUCCUGCAGGAAAUAAAAAAUUUCGUUAAGGGCAUUUCUGAGAAGAUCAAGAAGACCAGAGAUAAAUACGGCAUCAAUGACAAUGGCACAACAGAGCCCCGUGUGUUGUACCAGUUGGACCGGAUCACCCCCACCCAAAUCGAAAAGUUCCUGGAGACCUGCAGGGACAAGUACAUGAGGGCGCAGAUGGAGCCAGGUUCUGCGGUGGGCGCGCUGUGUGCCCAGAGCAUUGGCGAGCCGGGCACCCAGAUGACCCUGAAGACUUUCCACUUUGCAGGCGUGGCCUCCAUGAACAUCACCCUGGGCGUGCCCCGGAUCAAAGAGAUCAUCAAUGCUUCCAAGGCCAUCAGCACUCCAAUCAUCACGGCACAGCUGGAUAAGGAUGACGACGCAGACUACGCCCGCCUCGUGAAGGGCAGAAUUGAGAAAACCCUCUUGGGAGAGAUUUCGGAGUAUAUUGAAGAAGUAUUUCUUCCAGAUGAUUGCUUUAUCCUCGUCAAGCUCUCCCUGGAACGGAUCAGACUUCUGAGACUAGAAGUGAACGCUGAGACGGUGCGGUAUUCCAUCUGCAUGUCCAAGCUCCGUGUGAAGCCUGGCGAUGUGGCUGUUCACGGCGAGGCUGUGGUGUGUGUCACCCCCAGAGAGAACAGCAAGAGCUCCAUGUACUACGUGCUGCAGUUCCUGAAAGAGGAUCUCCCCAAGGUGGUGGUGCAGGGCAUCCCAGAGGUUUCCAGAGCUGUCAUCCACAUCGACGAGCAGAGCGGAAAGGAGAAGUACAAACUCCUGGUGGAGGGUGAUAACCUGCGGGCCGUCAUGGCCACCCACGGUGUGAAGGGCACCCGCACCACCUCCAAUAAUACCUAUGAGGUGGAGAAAACUUUGGGCAUCGAAGCUGCCCGGACAACUAUCAUCAACGAAAUCCAGUACACAAUGGUCAACCACGGCAUGAGCAUUGACAGGAGGCAUGUGAUGCUGCUGUCUGACCUGAUGACCUACAAGGGUGAAGUCCUGGGCAUUACGAGGUUCGGCCUGGCCAAGAUGAAGGAGAGCGUGCUCAUGCUGGCCUCCUUUGAGAAGACGGCUGACCAUCUCUUCGAUGCUGCCUACUUUGGGCAGAAGGACUCCGUGUGUGGGGUGUCUGAGUGCAUCAUCAUGGGGAUCCCCAUGAACAUUGGAACUGGGCUCUUCAAGCUGCUGCACAAGGCUGACAGGGACCCAAGCCCUCCCAGGAGACCCCUGAUCUUCGACACAAAUGAAUUCCACAUCCCUCUUGUCACAUAGUCCAGGGAAGAGGAGACCAUUCCUGACCUCGGCAGCUUGUCCCGUCUGGAAAGAGGCCGAGACUGACAUCUUGUGCUCCCCACGACAAGGCCUGACAUCCCCAUUGUGCUGGCAGUCAGAGGAGGCCUCCGUGUCCUCAAGAGCAGCUCACCCAGGCCCCUGAUCACACCACAGGGCCUGGUUGGGAGGACUGAGGUUUGUCUGUUUGAAAUCCUAGCCCUAUAAGGAGGCCCCGGCCAGGCAUCUUUACUCAUUCUCACCUCACCCUUCCAACCGUCUGCUUUCAGGAGGAUCACACCAUGACCCAGAGCCAGCUGUAAGCCCCAAUACCAGGGCAUAUCCUUGGUUUUUCUGUUCCUCAGUCAGGUUAGAAUCUCUAAACGCAGCCUACUCAUGUAAAUAUUGUCACUGUUAUUUAUUUGUUCAUUUUGAAGAAUUUGGAGUUGUUAUUAUUUUGGCUUUACUUUGAAAGCAAGAAGCUAUAGAAACCAAGAAAGCCAGCAUUGAAGUAUCACUGGAAAAACUGGUUAAGCAGAUGCUACCGCCUAGGAUUUGUAACCGAGCUGAAACCGUCACGAGCCCAAGCUGCUCUGAAACAUCUUUUGCAGACACGUCUGGCCACCCCGUUGUUUUCUGUCUACCUCUGACCUCCACGUGGGGGACCCUGUCUUGUGACAAGAGGGGUCCCAUUCUUCCUGGCCGAUAGAAGCCUUGCUGGAGUUUGGAGCUCGCGGCAGGGGACUGGCAGUGUGCGUGGAGGUGAUGGGUGAGGCUGGUCCAGGCCCCUGCACUGCCUGGGUGGUGACCACACGCCCCUGAGGUAUCUGCAGGUGCUGAACUGUGGCCUAAAAAGUGCCCUGGGGGCAGUGGUGGGGUGGGGCCUUCCAGCACACAGGCAGCCAGCCACCAGUUGUAAGGGUUGAAAGGGCCAUCAGGACAGGAAGGGAGGAGGCCCACAGGAUGGAGAGUCCCCUGAAGCUGGCAGUGUGCCCGCUGGGGAAUACCAGGCUCCUGAAAGAGUAGCUCUCCUAUAACAGUCGAAAGCACCUAUCAGGCUAGGAGGAGAGCCAGCAGGUAUCCCAGGAUGACCCACAGGGCAUGUGAUGGGGCUCUGUGCAUCAGAGGAAGGAGAUGUGCAUAGCUCAUCCUAGAGAGUGGAAGGAAGGGGUGUGCUGCUGGAGAUUGUGAUUCUUUGUACUGAAUUUGCUCUGUAAGAUUGGGCCUGGGUCAUGGAGAACUGGUGUGGCUGCCCCCUGUACUCCCUUUGGAGAAUGUUCCCUGAAGCCUGCCCCUCCCUUCCCGACCCAGGGCCAAGUCCCACCGCUCUGGCUCUUUCCUCUUCACCAGGGAGCCCUGGAGAACCAAGGCUUUUUAGUUGGGAAUGAGAUUAUAGUGAAAGUGGGGUUUUGACCCUACUUUCUGGCUCCAUGCACCUGAGAAGUGCUACUUCUGAAAUGACAUCACUGAUUUCUCUCACCCAGUCCAGCCCCUGGGAGAAACAUCAGCCCCAAAUGAAGAGAUGUGAGUUUAUUGUCGAGGGAGAAGAUGGUUUGGCUGAUAAAGAGGAGGAUGUGGGUGCUGGGGGGAGUAGGGAGGCACUCAAGUUGUAGUGCAUAGAACCACCGUUUGAUUCUUCCGACGUUCUCUAGCUGAUUUCCAAAGUUCUGAGUUACAGCUGCUAAGAUUCGUGUAACCGUUGGCCCUGGGGUCUGUGUUAGAAUGAACACUUUCUCUCCCUUACUGCUGUGAUUCUGAAUUCAGAAUUCCUGACCUCAGUCUUUGGCCAUUCUCUGGUUUAAAAUUCUAUUAAAGUUAGUUUGGUCCUGUGAUCUCCCUGCAUACAUGAGGUUGACUUAAAAACUUCUCUUAGGGUGAAAAAGUGUCAUUUUUCACGUUACACCACCACCGCCGCCACCCAGUAUAUUUGAACUGAGCUAGCCUGGUUUGCAACCAAGGUUAAGCCUGUUAACAGACCUCUUCAGGGUUGCCACCUGGAACCUCACCACGGGCCUCACUUUUCUCCUACAACCUGCCGAGGACCAGAAUGUCAUAGCUGCCAUCCUGAAAACAUGCCGGGGAAGUAACUGCUAGAACACACACGAGAGCCGUGUGAGGGUGGGCUCCGACAGGGGGGAGCACCAGCGCCCACCUUCUUCUGUGUGACACAUAUUGGAAGUGGGGAGGAGAGCUGGUGUGCGCUGCUGAGAGUAAUAAAGAUGGUCCCGCCAGGAGCCUCAUCCUGCUUGAGCGAGCCCAGGUGAGGUGGUGUGAUUGUGCAGCGUGCAGGCACGGGGCACGUGUAGAUCAGCGGGUGGCAUUCUGGGAACAGAAGGGUCAUGUGAAGGAGCGCACCACCCAGCCUGUGACCAGGUGUCCUGCUGGAAGGGUCCUCGUAGUGCUGGCAGCCCUGCUGGGACCAUUGUGGGGGCAGCUUUGGCUGGUAGACCUUACUGUGUGUGCCGUCGGAGGGUAUUAAAAUGCCCGCCGCGCCCCCGCCCCAGGCCAGCCCGGGUGGCUCAGCAGUUUAGUGCUGCCUUCAGCCCAGGGCCUGGUCCUGGAGACCCAGGAUCGAGUCCCGCGUUGGGCUCCCUGUGCAUGGAGCCUGCUUCUUCCUCUGCCUGUGUCUCUGCUCCUCUCUCUGUGUCUCUCAUGAAUAAAUAAAUAAAUUCUUUUAAUAAAAUGCCCCCCAGUGGGAUAAUCUGCCCUGGAAUUGGGCUUUUUUUUUUUAGUUUUUUUAAUAUUUAUUUUGUGGGCAGCCCAGGUUGCUCAGCGGUUUAGCGCCACCUUCAGCCCAGGGCCUGAUCCUGGAGACCUGGGAUCGAGUCCCAUGUCGGGCUCCCUACGGGGAGCCUGCUUCUUCCUUUGCCUGUGUCUCCUCUGUCUCUCUCUGUGUUCCAUGAAUAAAUAAUAAAAUAUUUUAAAAAUAUAUUAUUUAUUUUGAGAGUAAAGCAUGAGCAGUGGGGAAGAGCAGAGGAGGAGGAAGCAGGGAGCCCAACGCCAGGCUCGAUCCCAGGACCCCAGGAUGAUGACCUGACCCAAAGGCAGACACUUAACUGACUGAGCUGCCCAGGCGCCCCUGGCAUCGGGCUUUGUGCAAACCCAGAACUGACACACGAGACACAGAGAGCAGUGUCUCCAGAGUAAGCUCAGUACAGGUUGGGACUUCACUCUGGGCCUGUUGGGGGAAGAAAUAAGAAAAAUACAUAUAAAUUGUCUCAUCCAUUAGCAAAUUUGUAUUUCUGACCAGUGAUCUCUCCAGUGCUUUGCCUUUUCUACAUCUUUGUGUACAAGGAGAUUAAAAUAGCAAUUGACACAGUUACAGCCCCUGCUUGUUCACUUUGGAGGGGGAGACGUUCUGGAGUCUCUCGGUGUCUGUGUUGGAGUCAGAUCAUGGCACUGUGUUUGUUUCAGGGUUUAUCCAUGUGUAUUCACAUUGGCUUAUGCCUGAUUGAAUCUGAAACCAUAUAAUGAUUUUUCUUGAGUUUUUGCUGCCACUUGACAGAACUCUGCCUUUUUUAUAGGAAAACUGAAAAGAGAACUUACUUUAUAUAUAGGGGUAGCAGUUCAUCCUUGUGGGUUGUGAAACAGGGCGGCUGGCGUACGUAUGGGCUCUGACUGCUAAAAUAAUGUCCCCUGCCACCAGCCGGCCUGUUGGGCGCUGGAGGGUCAACAGUGAGUGCCCGCCCCACCCCUGCUGUGUAGCUGAUGCAAACUCAGUGGGACACAGUGCAGUGUCUCCUAAGCCUGCGAUAGAAGUGCCACCCAGCUAGUAGCAUCCGGUGCCUUGCUUACCUGUUCUUCAGCUCAUUCAGCUAAUACGGGCCUGCUGUGUUCUGGGUACUAAAAGAGCAGGGAGAAAAGGCUAGGGAAAGGGACUGACUGACGGUUGGCAGUCGUGUGGCAGAGGUCCUGAACGUUUUAAUUUGAGCCAUAAAGUAAAUGUGACCUUGUAAGCUGUGGGUAGUAAGACCAAGGUGGCUCAGCGUCUUUAUAGAGGUGGAUAUUGGUGUAUUUACUUAUAUGCGUUUAUUAAAUAAUAAGGUGUCCAUCCCAUGGCUGGGCCUUUUUUCUCUUUAAAAGAGAGGUAACAGGUGCCUGGGUGGCUCAGCAGUUGAGUGUCUGUCUUCGGCUCAGGUUGUGAACCUGGGGUCCUGGGAUGGAGUUCCACGUCGGGCCCCCCACAGGGAGCCUGCUUCUCCCUCUGCCUGUGUCUCUGCCUCUCUCUGUGUUCCUCAUGAAUAAAUACAUAAAAUCUUUAAAAGCCAAUACAUACAUACAUAAAAGAGAUUAUGUAGCACUUGGGUGGCUCGGUCAGUCUGGCAUCUGCCUUGCCUCAGGCUGUGAUCCUCGAGCCCCGGGAUCCAGCCUCGCAGCCAGCGGGUUCCCCGCUCCGCAGGGAGUCUGCUCCUCCCCCUGCCCCUCCCCAUCUCCGCGCUGUCUCUCAGUCUUUAAAAAAAUAAGAGAGGUUACCAUUUAAAAGUUGUCCGUAAAGACUCUUAAGAACCUGGUUGUACAGAACAUGGAAGACUUCUAACUCUGGGAAACGAACUAGGGGUGG